GGGCCCCUUCCCGGAGACCGUCUUGUCAUCCCGCGUCGCUUCUUCGCAGCCCCGAGGCCCGGCGAGGGCCCCUGGAGGCCGAGAGAAACGAAAGGCCUCCCGCCGUGAGGUCUUUCGCAGCGCGAGGAGGCCUGGGCGGUCGCUCCUGGGCGCUCCCGCCCCGUCCGCAUGGCCGGCCGAUCCCGGCCGGCAACGAUGCGCUCGGCGGCGACCCGCACCCCGGCGCGGGGAAGCUCCUGCGGGUGCGCGUGCGGCGUCCGGCGGCGGCCCCCGGCCAGGUGUUCGAGCUCAGGGAGUGGGAGCCCGUGCCCAGCAAGCUCCCGGGCGAGCUACGCUCUGCCUCCUACGGCAGCCCAGACGGCCGCCGUGCGGUCGACGUCACCUCCGCCGUGGCGUCGUGGAUCCAGCGCGGCGAGCCGUGGCGGGUGAGCAACGACGACUUCUGGAAGGAGAACAUGCACCAUAAAAACAAAGUUUUGGCGCUCCGCGCGGUUUUGUCGGAUCCGCGCUUGCCCC